AAAUAUACUUUGAUAAUGAUGCAUAGACCUUUUACUUAUUACCUUUUAAUAAAAGUUAAUGAUAAUAAUGAUAAACCGCUCGUACUCGAUGUUGAAUUCUUAUAUUUGAUAAUGAAAUAUGGCGGUUUUUUUAUUGUUAAAAACUCAUGCUCAAUGGCCAAUAAAGAUUUUUUUAUCUAUAGUGAUCGAAAUAAAUUGCUAACACCCUCUACCAUAGAGUACAGGGUUGAAAAGCUACUAAAACCGAAAGAAUUAAAAUCAUCUAUAAGAGCAUGUUACGAAGAAUUGAAUUCAGAAGGAGCACAGUUUAUAUUUAAAAAUUUUGACAAACUGUUUUCAGUGAUUGAAUUUAUUGAUCGAAUUGACUACCGAGACUUACACUAUGUUUAUGAAAAAAUUCUUGUUAAUAGUUUAAAUAUUAUCGCAUCAUUUUUCUCAAGUUAUGGAGAAAUUGAAGACAUGUCACUAGAUUUAAAACAACAGUUUACAAAUAUCAUAAAAAUGAAUGUUUAUCUCUUUGUUGAGUUUGUUCAUAGUUUUAACACAAAAUUUGAAACUGAUUAUAAACUAUUACUUCUUGAAACAAAAGGUAGAAAUAAAAAGCAAGAUAUGAUUCAGAAACAUACUUCUGAUUAUGAUUGGAAUUGGGAAGACAAAUUGAGUAUCGGGUUGAAAGCAAUUAACAGUAUUUUAUCAAAUAACAUUACAAAAUUGUAUGAUCCUCCUUAUAUUGAUCAUACUUUAAUAUCUUAUAUUGCUUCUUGUUGUUACACUCAGUUGGAAAAUCCUAGUAUUGCUUUUGUGCGAACUAAAUCGCUUCGUGACAGUAUUAUGCAAAUUCUAGUAAUAUUUAUUACAGACUAUGAUCAUGCAGAACAAUUUAAAAUCAAAGUAGUUCAACUGCUGAAAUUAUAUGAACAUUUGUCAUUGCCUCUGGCUAAAAUUGUUUUACAAGUAAUUGAGUCGGGAAAUAACCGAUCUUCAUUAAUUGAACUAAUUGUUAAAGAAAUCGCAGCAACAGGAGAAGUAGAAGGUAUAAAAGAAACAAAUAAUCAGGAAAUAACUGGUGGUAAAUCAUGUUGUGCUUUUCUUGUGGAAAUUGCCAGACAUUGCCCUCAAUUAUUAUUACCAAAUAUUGAACAUCUGUUGCCAUGCUUAGAAUCUGAUCCGUAUACUAUGAGAAUUUGUGUAUUAAGCGUCUUAACAGAAUUAAUUAUUCAUGUUUUAAAUAAUGAUGAGUUAAAUGAGCUUGAAAAAAAAACAAGAGACGAUUAUUUAAUAAUUUUACAAGAUCAUCUAUUAGAUGUAAAUGCAUUUGUCAGAUCUAAGGUUUUACAAUUAUUUACUGCCAUAAUAAAUGUAGACUGUUUACCAAAACAAAUGUAUGGAAUAAUAUUAAAUUGUGCUGAAGAAAAACUACAUGACAAAAGUUCAUAUGUUACAAAAAGUGCUAUUCAACUUAUCAAAACGUUAAUCAAAUUAAACCCUUUUAGUUGUGAUUUUACAGAAAACAAACUACAGGAUAAAUUAAAAGAAGAAAACUAUGCUUUAAAAUGUAUGAAAAUAAUGCAUAAAAUAAAAACAGAUAGUGAAAUUAACAAAGAAGAUAUGUGGCCAUCAAUUGAGACAUCUUUAAAAUUAUUUUUAGAGGAAUAUUUUGAAGAUACAAAUUUUGACCUUGGCGAAGUCGAAAUAUUAAAGGAUAUGGAAUUUCCUGAAGUUUUGAUGAAGAUAAAAAGUUCUAUUACUUUACACAAAUUUAAGUCCGCUUUAAAAUAUUUAUUACGUGGAAGAAAAACAUUCGAGGAUAAACCACUAUUUCAAUUGGAAGAUGAAAAUAAUUUGUCAAAAAAGUAUUAUUUGGCAUUAAAAAAUAUUUGGUAUUACGAUAAUACAAUGAUAUCAAUGGAAUUAAGUAACAACGAAAAUUUGCAACAAAUGAAUGCAGAAGAAUUACAUUUUCUUAUUAUCUCAACAGAUUCUAAAAUUACAUACCUUGAGGAUUGUGCCGAUUACUUACUUACUAUUAAAAAAGCAUUAAAUACUAUAAGUCAAUUGAUGUUUGGUAAUACUUCAUCAGAGUCAUUAGAAGCUAUUGAUUUUUUUACAACCGCAUAUAAAUUUGGUGUACCUCAUACUCAGGAUGGAAUUGAUGCUAUGCUAAUAUUGAUAUUUUCAUCUGAUUCUAAUAUUAAAGAAGCUAUGAUGAAUUCUUAUAAAACAGUAUAUUUGAAUAUUGAAGAAGACAAGGAAUCUUCUACUUCACGACCUGAAAUUAUUAUGAUCAGACUUUUAAAUUUAAUAAAAACUUUAAAUGUCAUUAAUAGAAGAGCAUUUAAAGUUUUACUAAAUGAAUGGAUAAAAAACAAAACACUAGAUGAUGAAUGUAUUAUGGUGUUAUGGGCAUGGUUCACUAAAUCUAAAGAUAUCUCUGAAGAAAAUCAAGUGGUUGCUGCUCUUAUUUUAUCCUUUAUUGCCAGCGCACAGCCAUCUAUUGCAAUGGGGAACUUAGAAAGUCUUCUUCAAUAUGGAUUAUGUGACAAUUAUCAAUUAUUUAUUUAUUCUUGUCAAAUAUUAGAAUCAAUUACUCUACAAGAUUUUAAAAGAUUUAGUGAAAAUCACGAAUUAGUUCAAAAAGUAUUGAAUGUAGUAGAUAAAUGUUUCAAUCAAAGUGAUGUUCAAAUAUUCAAUGAUGUUGCUUCAAAUGCUAUUAACAUAAUUUAUAAAUUGACAAUUAAACCAGAUAUUACUUGUGGAACAUUGAUUAGAAAAUUGUAUUCUGUUAUGAUAAACAAAAAUGAUCCUUCUCAGCAGGAAAAUAACUACUGUCAAUUGAAUGCUGUUAUGUAUGCAAAAUUGAUUUUUGUAAUUGGUCACAUUGCAUUACAGCAGCAUGAUCAUUUAGAAAAUUAUGUAGCAAAGGAGUUAAUUCGAAAAAUUAGAGUUAAAUACCAAACUAAAAAAUUAAAAAUGGACAAAGCUAAGGAAGAUGAAAAUGUACAUGAUUCUGAAGCUGCUGAAAUAGAGGGUAUAAAUGAUCAUAUUCGACAAAUUUGUGAUAAAGAGCUUUUAUAUGGAAAUGGAAUUUUGGCUAGAUUUAGAAAUUUUGUAAUAGAAGCAUGUAAUUCAAAUCAUUCAGAUUUGAAGGCAAAUGGUGUUAUUUCUUUAAUCAAAUUUAUGUUGAUUUCUAAUUCAUUUUGCCUCAAACAAUUACCGAUGUUUCUAAAUCUGAUUGAAAAUUCAGACAACUUGGAUAUAGUUGUUGAUCUCGUAUCUGGAUUUGGCUGUUUGGUUUUCAGGCAUCCAAACUUGUUGGAACCUUGUACUGAUAAACUUUAUGCAAGGUUACAUGAUAAACGUAAUUUAGUUCGCUAUAGUACUUUAAUGACUAUUAUAGACCUUAUACGUCAAGAAAUGAUUAAAGUUCGUGGACAAAUUGCUGGUAUUGCCAAACUACUUGUUGAUGAAGAUGAAACUAUUUAUUACACAGCAAGACAAUUUUUUAGAGUUAUUGCAGAAAAAGGAAACACUCUUUACAAUGUCUUAUCCGAUAUUAUUUCGACCUUGUCCAAUCCUGAAGAUUUGGUCCCAGAAAAUGAUUUUCAGUCAAUCAUGAAAUUUUUACUUCCACUAAUCAACAAAGAGCGCCAAAUUGAAUCUUUAGUUGACAAAUUAUGUAUAAGACUAAAAGAAUCAAAUAAUAAAACUCAAGAAUAUUAUAUAUCUUAUUGCUUGAUGCUUAUUAAAUAUACCGACAAAAGCCUAAAUAAGCUUUCAGACAAUAUAUCUUAUUAUACUGACAAACUUAAAAACCCUAAAGUCUACAAUAACUUUAAUACACUCAUAAGUGGAAAUUCUAAAAUGGCAAAACCAGCCACUAAAGAAAUAUUAAAUGAAUUAACCAGUAAGAUUGAAAAAAUUGUAAAAGAUGAAGACUUUGCUAUUCCGCUUUCACAAAAAACCCCAGGAAAACGUUUAAAUACAGCAAAAAAGAAAGCACCCAUAAGUAUUGCCGAUGAAUCCUCAGAAGAUGAAAUUGAACCAUUACAGUUAGUAACAAAACGAAGUGCUAGAUGUCGUAGCAAAGUUAAAAGAAGACUUAUGGAAAAUGAAAGUGAAGAAGAAGAAAAUGAUGAGGAAAUUGCUCGUUCAAGUGGUGUAAGUAAUAUUCAGAAACUUGCUCAAAUUAAAGCCAAUGAAGAUAGUGAAACCGAUGAUGGUAAAAUUAAUGUUAUCAAAAGAGCUACACGACAAAAUAAGUUUGAUAGUUUAACUAGUUCAAGUAAGAAAACUCCAUAACAUAAAUCCUAAAUAAUGACAUAACUUCACAAAAUAAUGUGUUUUUUUUUAUUUUAUUUAUUUGUGAAAUUUUUUAAUAUUCAAGUAUAUUAAUCAUAAAUGAUUAUUUAUUAAUAAUAUGUUGAUAAUUAUUGUCUGCAUAUCCUUGUUAUACCUAUGUCUGAAUAGGUUAAUAAUUAUAUUAAUAUGAUUAUUUGUUGAAUUUUUUUUUUUUUUAUGUAUAAAUAUAUUUUUUUACAAAUAAUUUUUAUAAUAUUUAAAUAUUGUAUUCAUCAUGUGUAUAAAUAUUAUAAAUAAUAUGCAUAUUUAGGGUUUAAAUAAACUUUUUUUUUUAAAUA